AGUUCACCGCGCGAAGCAUCGAUCGCUCUUGCUCCGCCGCGCACGUCCUCUCUCUCGUGCGAUGUUAGUUAUGUAGAGCCCGCCUUAUUCUUCAGAGCACCCGUGUAGAGUGACGAGAGAAGAAGAAAACAUUCGUCGACUUUUAGCGUCGGCGAAAGAGAGAGAGAGAGGGAGAGAAAGAGAAUAAAGAAGAAGAAGAAAAAAAGUAUUCCACUUAACAUGGUUUACUUGUGUAAUAAUUGUGAAAGCAGAAAGGUGUGACGAAGAGAAGUAAACCAGUCUUUUGAUAUUUAUCUAUCGGAGGAUCUAUACCUGGCGAAAAUCUUAUCCUUUUUUUCUUUUCUUUUAAAAAAAAAAAAAAACUAGAACUUCUAACCAUUUUCAAAAAUUGUGCAACUCAGGAAGAAGCGAGCAGGAUUUCUCUACAGCAGACGUGUACGGAUUAACUCUUCCUAAAGGAUUAAUUAUGUGUGGAUUAACUGGAUUGUAAAAACUCCGGGUGUUGUGGCCUAUCUGUUUAAAGAGGCGAUAAUGAAGGAAUCAAGUGUUGUGUCUGUGAUAUUGUCCGUGGUGUGUUGGGUUGCUGUCUACGGACAGCCCCAAAUUGUGAACUUAGGAUACCAACUGAACACUGGGAUGCCUAACGUGUGUCCCUAUCAAGAUAUCCAGAUGGUUCUAGUCCGAGUGCCCUGUAGACAGCCGUUUACCCGAUUAGUCAAAGUGUGGAAGCCCAAUUGUGGAUACACCCAUAACUGGUGUGUUGGAUACGAACGGAGGACUCAUUACUAUACUACUUACCGUGAACGCUACCAACCGAGGUACACGACCAAGUACCGCUGCUGUCACGGAUGGCAACAACUAGGUCACGAGGGCUGCAUGUACAGGUCCUGUAACAACGGCGUGUGUUUCAAUGGAGGACAGUGCAGUGGCGGCUACAAUAAAAUGUGUUCCUGUCCUCCCGGCUUUCAGGGUCCUCGCUGUCAAUACGACGUCAACGAAUGCGGAAUAAAAAAUGGCGGAUGCGAACGGGAAUGCUGCAAUACCAUUGGAUCCUUCUAUUGCAAGUGCCCUCAAGGUUUUGAACUUUCCGAGGACAAGAAGAGAUGUGUUGACAAAGACGAAUGUUUAAUUCACAAUGGCGGGUGUCAGCACAAAUGUCUGAACACGUACGGAGGGUUUAGCUGCGAGUGUCCCAAAGGUCAUAGGUUACACGCGGACGGACGCACGUGCAUUCCUGUGUCGGGUUGCAGCGUCAACAACGGUGGCUGUCAACACGUGUGUGUGGCUGGAUACAACGGCCACUUCCACUGCCGUUGUCGUGAAGGUUACAGACUAGCGGACGACGGCAAAAACUGCGUUGUGGAGAAUCCAUGCAGCAGGAGAAAUGGGGGCUGUGAACACAAGUGCACCCAUAUGAAGGGGCGUGUGCAGUGCCAGUGUUUCAUUGGAUACUCCCUGGCAUCAGACGGCAGGUCCUGCAGAGACUUGAAUGAAUGUGACAUCAGCAAUGGCGGAUGCUCACAAGCCUGCAUCAACACCAAAGGUUCUUUCGUCUGUACGUGCACUCCAGGAUUCCAGCUGGGCGUGGAUGGACGCUCCUGCUACCAACCGCCUGACGAAAGUGAUGAACCAAACCCAAAAGGAAAAGGAGAUGGACGACGGAAACCUAAACCCAGCAAAGGAAUCGAGAUGGAAGUGGUCGACAACUGCGCAGUCAGCAAUGGCGGGUGCGCUCACAAAUGUCGUCAUAGCACCCGUGGCGCCAUCUGCUCCUGUCGCAAGGGCUAUAACUUGCAGGCUGACAGGAAGUCAUGUGAAGACAUUGACGAAUGCACCAGUGGAGAAAACUGCUGCACCCAGUCAUGCAAUAACAACCCCGGGGGAUACACGUGCGGCUGUGGACCCGGAUUUCUGCUCAACCGUGACGGCUGUGUUUGUGACGAUAUCGACGAGUGCCUGUCUGACAAUGGCGGCUGUGAGCAGAUCUGCGUCAACUCAGAAGGAUCCUACAGCUGCGCAUGCCCACCAGGGUUCAGACUUGCGCGCAACCGCAGACAAUGUCUUGCCGUGACCUCCUUUACAGACGAUCGGGGACCAGAACGAGGCGACCUUCCGAUGUUGCGUUACGAAACGACGCCACAGCCGGUAAUUCCUGAUGGCGAUGGGCGGAAUAUCCAACUGGCCCAAGAGCUGCACAAAACAGCAACGAGAUACAAAAAUGGUACAUUGAAAUCGUGUAUUCCUGGCAGUUUCGGCAAGGACUGUAUUCUGACGUGUAGUAACUGUGUGAACGGAAGGUGUAACGACAAACAAGAUGGCUGUGUCUGUAGAGCAGGUUGGAUAGGUGUUACCUGUAAUGCUACCUGUCCAACAGGGACGUACGGUGAAAACUGCAAUGGCCUGUGUAGCUGCCAAAACGGCGGAACCUGUAACCAUGUGACAGGGAAGUGUGAAUGUCCUCCAGGAAUUAAAGGAAAGAAUUGUGAAGAUGGCUGUCCUCCAGGUUAUUUCGGCAAGAGGUGCAACAAACCUUGUCCCCAGAUCUGUGCGAACGGAUACUGCAAUCGGAUCUUUGGCUACUGCGAGUGUACCCCAGGGCGGUACGGACCAGCCUGUAACCAGCCCUGUCCCCAGUUCACCUGGGGACCAAACUGUGUGGAACAGUGCGACUGUAACACAGAGAACACAAAGAGAUGCAAUCCUCAGACUGGAGAGUGUAGGUGUAAGCCUGGUUACCAUGGUAAACGCUGCGACUACCAGUGUCCAGAAAACCGAUACGGCUACGCUUGCAGUAAGAAAUGCGACUGUCCCGCAGAAACAAAGUGUAAUCACGUGACUGGAUAUUGUCUGCGGGACUGUCCUGCCGGUUGGACGGGACACAGAUGUGAUGAACCGUGCCCUAGCGGUAACCAUGGCAACAACUGCCUCCUCGAGUGUGACUGUGGGGGCAGCACGUGCGACCCGGAAACUGGCCAGUGUGUCUGUCAGCCAGGCAUGAUGGGUAAACGCUGCACUGAACCUUGUCCGGAAGGCAGCUGGGGUAUAAACUGCAGGAAGAUGUGUAGCUGUCGUAACGACGCCUCGUGUGACUCAAUGACGGGGGAGUGUAUCUGUAGUGCUGGGUGGUACGGACCCCACUGUAGAGAACCAUGUCCACCUAGGCGCUAUGGCGACCAAUGUAUGAACAGGUGUAUGUGUGAGAACAACGCCACCUGCGACUCUGCCGACGGAACGUGCACGUGUUCAGAUGGCUGGACCGGACAGCUCUGUGACAGAGCAUGUCCUCCUGGUCGGUUUGGCUCCAACUGUUUGAGGAAAUGUCUGUGUCAGAACAGCGCUGAAUGCGACCCAGUCACAGGAGAAUGCAUCUGCGCUCCAGGCUGGAGGGGAAUGAGCUGCAACAAAAAUUGUCGGUCUGGCUACUACGGGGCUGGCUGCACUCAGAUGUGUAAGUGCAAGCACGGGGCGCAGUGCGAUCACAUCAGCGGGGCGUGUGUCUGCGGGCCCGGCUGGCGGGGCAUCCACUGCUCCAAGGCCUGUCCGGAGGGAUUCUACGGCCUCGAGUGCCAGAACACGUGCGACUGCCGCAAUGGCGCCGUGUGUGAUCACGUGUCCGGAAAGUGCCAGUGUCCACGUGGCGUCACUGGGGACAGGUGCGAGCAGAAGUGCCCGGCGGGAACCCACGGGCCCAACUGCCAGGCGCAGUGCCAGUGUUUCAACGGAGGGGUGUGCGAUCCGGUCGCAGGGACAUGUAUCUGUACUGCUGGGUGGAAGGGAGUGAAGUGUGAGGAAGAAUGUCCAACUGGUUUCUAUGGCAACAGCUGCAUGCUUCGUUGCUUCUGCUUGCAUGGUGGUACCUGUGAUCAUGUCAAUGGAACAUGCAACUGUGGCGCUGGAUGGACAGGCACUGCGUGCGAAAAACAAUGUAUGCAAGGACAUUAUGGCCCGAAUUGCAACACGGCCUGUGACUGUGUCCACAGCAAAUCAUGUGAUAGGUUCACUGGAAUGUGCAAGUGCAAGAGUGGAUAUGUUGGACCGAAAUGCAAUAAAACAUGUCCUGCACACUUGUAUGGCGAUGGUUGCUCUGAGAGCUGUGAAUGUCAGAACGGCGCCACCUGCGAUGCGAAGUCAGGGCAGUGCACCUGUGCGCCAGGGUGGAGAGGGAAACACUGUCACAAACCCUGUCUUCCUGGUUUGUAUGGUAACAAGUGCCAGGAUGAAUGCGAGUGCAAAGCGGAGGAACCGUGCUACCACGUGACUGGAGCAUGUUCUUGUCCACCUGGUUAUGAAGGUCAAGGCUGUGAGAAAAAGUGUUCCCUGGGUACCUUUGGUCCACACUGCCGAGGUAAAUGUGAGUGCGCUCCUGGCUAUAUCUGUCAUCACGUGACAGGACAGUGCCAGUGUGGCCCGGAUCUAAAGGGAAAGAACUGCAGCACAGCCAGGAUAAAGGGCAAAAAUCACCGUAAGGGUAGGAAAGGUAGAAAGGGCAAAGGCUGGUACCGCAAACUGAUGAGGGACCGAGUUGGCAUCAAACAGCUAAAAGCAGCAUCAUGGGUUUUUGGUUGCGAACAAGGAGGGUAUGGACCUAACUGUGAGAAGGUUUGUGAGUGUGAGAACGAAGGGGUCUGUGAUAUUUCCACCGGAACCUGCUCCUGUCCUCUGGGAUACAUUGGCACCACGUGCUUUCAACGCUGUCCCGAGGAUAGGUAUGGCGAAAACUGCACUGGAGUGUGCAGAUGUCAGAACAACGCUCGAUGCAACAAGAGAACGGGGAAGUGCAAAUGUCUUUCAGGUUUCAUGGGAGAAUUUUGUGAGGAAGUGUGCCCGGAGAACAGGUAUGGCGACGAAUGCAUUGAGAAGUGUCACUGCGACCACGGCUGGUGUGACCCGCGAUCGGGUCAAUGUCGCUGUGACCUGGGAUUCUACGGACCUAACUGUACAGUGCCAUGCCCAGCGGGAAGAUUCGGACCCGGAUGUAACCACACGUGCACGUGUCACAAUGAGGCCACGUGCGACCCAGUUAGUGGAUGCUGCACCUGUUCUGAAGGAUUUUAUGGGCAGAUGUGUGAUUUAGACUGCCCGCCCGGCACCCACGGCUCGUACUGCACGGAACGCUGCGACUGCACCAACGACGCCACGUGCGACCCCCAUUCCGGACAGUGUAAAUGUAAAGUUGGCUUCACCGGAGACAGGUGUGAAAAAUCAUGUGUAAGAGGAAGAUAUGGAGUCAACUGUCUGCAGGCCUGUGACUGUGGCGUGGCUGACUGUGAUCACAUGACAGGGGCGUGUCGCUGCCCCCCAGGAACGAGCGGACCGAGGUGUCAGAAAGCUUGCGUCCAGGGCAGGUAUGGUCCGAACUGUGAAUAUUUCUGCAACUGUGAUAACGAAGGGGAGUGUGACCCCCAAACAGGGUCCUGUUCCUGUCCGGAGGGGUGGAUUGGCGCCAGGUGCCAGACACCGGAAAUUGUGAGACAAAAUGCCACCGACUCUCCAAGCGCCUUGCAACCGGACCACGACGAGGCGAUGUCCCAUGGGCCGUUAACUACAGCAAGAAGUAAAGAAACCAAAGGGGAAUAAAGUGUGAGACACUAGCAUACACGGUGCUGAGAUUCCAAAUGAUCUCCAAAGGGUGUGCAGUAUUUUAUUACGAGAUCAGCAAACAGCCAACACCCGAAAAUUAAACAUUCUAGGAGUAGCAGUAUAAAAAUGAUAAAAAUUCUGGAUGGACGAGUAAAACAAUUACAAAACAUUUUGAAAGGAGCAGUAUAAAAUUAAAAUGCCAAACAUUCUGGAAUGAACAGUGCAUGAUGCAAAACUGUGUUUGCUGCAAUAUAUGAUGUUAGUUGUUAUGCAAUACAAAAUGUUAUGGGAAGAGCAUUAUAUAUUGCAAAACAUUUUAGGAGCAGAAUAAAAGGUGAAACCUUUUAGAAGCAGUAUAUGAUGCAAUAAUAUUCCCAAAGAAGCAUUCUAGAUGUACUAUAGAAUGUAAAAACAAAAAUGGUCAGUAUAUAAUGCAAACUGUUCUAGAAGGAGUAUUGUAUAUUGCAAAACAUUCUAGGUGCAAUAAAUGAUGCAAAACAUACUAGAUGCAGUAUAUAAUGCAAACUGUUCUGCAAGAAGCGCUCUGCAUUUGCAAGCAUCUGGAAGGAGUUGGACAUAAUGAGAAAUAGUUUAAGCGAAACCAUCUAGGCUAGUUAGAUAUAUUGGUGUUGUCAAUGACUAGGCUGUAUAAUUGGUUUGAAUGAAAUUCCACCUUAAAUUGGACUUCAGGGCCCUAAUUCACAAAGCUCUCUUGGGCUCUGCUAGACAACAAAUCAUCCUCUUUGCAAGUCUUUUAGAAUUGCACUGCGAUAUCGCAAAGUUGCGAAAUUUUAGUGAAUUAGGCCCCAGGUAUACAAAUAUCGACUUUAUUUACUACUCCAGGGCCCGUUCUUAUAAAUAUUUAGUCUAGUCUCAAACGUCAUAUGGUUGCAAUAUAAAUGACGUUGCCAUGGUGUUAGAAUCUUAUACUUCAUUAGAGUAUUGAGACUACACUGUAAACGUUUUGUAAGCGUCGUGCCAGAUAUAGCAGAAGCAAAUCAGUUGUGGAAAGAAGGGACGUGUGACUAAUAAGCAUUGGUUUGCUGAGGUGGGGUUUUUUGAUGACCCAAUACUUUUUCUCCAAUGCGUUUUAGAGGCUCAAAAGAGUGGGAGAAAUAAUUUUUAAAAUAUUUAAAUAGUUCUUGCAUUGUCGGAUACUGGCGUAAUUACCUUUAAGGUUCUAACUGAAGCACCGUCCAUUAUGACGUCUUGACAAACGGAUGACUAAAAUGCAUUUGAAGCCACCAUUGCCCAGACGAUGUUAUGACAACGUAAACAUGUUCAGCAGGGCUAUGCAUCUUAUGUGGUAUGUUCAGUUUAUACUAGAACACGUUAAAGGACAGUAUGCCAUUGUCGAGCGAUAUAAAAACUACGUGUAACCAAAUACAUUCAACAUAUAUACUCGUAUAGUAUACACACAAAACCGUGCUUAACCCACAGUCUGUACUUCAUUUCAUUUUUGUUUUAAAUCGAAAUUAAUGCAGUCGAAUCUAAGAUGGAAUUUUGUUCAAAUAUAUCUUAGAUACGUUAUUAUUUACAAGUCUUUCAGUGUCUAAAAGUUCAAGUGUUUAUAUUUGUUAACAUUUUAAUUCAAUUGUCCACACUUCACAGCACUGUUAUAGUUCAUUCGUUGUUUAUGUGCAUAUGCCAUUAACUUUAUUUAUGUGCAAAGAAAUCACAUGUAUAGAAUUUUGAAUAUACAAAAUUGUAAAUAUUCACAGUCAGGAGCGUAGUUGGCAAGGAAUUUACGCAAAUUAACAUUAAGGAACGAAGAUGAUAACGAGUCAAAUGAAUCUAAGAACAAUUUGCAAAGAAAUUGGGUUUUAAAUUCUGAAACUAGAUGUUGUCAUCUUCGUAGGUCUUGCCCAUCAUGUACCAUACAUGAGGACAUGUUAUUGAGGGACAAUGUUUCAUUUGUGUUUUAACCACAUAUCGUAUGCACAUUUUGAUUGCUACGUCUUUUGGGUAUGAACUCAGAAUUGUAUAUGCGACAUGAUUUGAUUGUAAUUAAAUCCAGUGUAUAGGAUGAGAUGAAUGAAGACAAGAACUACGCUCCGACUUGUAUCAAUUUGUGAAUAGCAGAACAAAUGUUCAUGUGUAUGUUUGUUGCCUCUUUUGCGCCUAACGAAGGUGGUACGAGUUUAGAAAUAUGACUCAUGUAAUCUUAAUGCAAUUAAACUGAUUAAUUUACUCUUUUUUCAUUGCAAAAUGUAUUGUGUCCCUGUUUUCCAUUGCAAUAAGUACAUCUUGUGUUCUAUAGUUCUGAAAGUGCAUUGUCAUUGUUAUAUUCAUUGCAUUAAAUAUAAUUGUCCCUG